AUGAGCGCAAACGUACUCCAAACAGCGACACCGUUCGAUCUGGUCGGCGGCCCAGAUAAAGAAAAGCUCGUUGCAGCGUACAAGGGCAACCCUCUCGAUGCGCUUAGGACGCCCGCCCUGGUUGUGGAUCGCGCGGUGUUCAGGAGGAACUGCGAGCUGAUGCACGAGAACGCGAAGCAAUGGGGCGAUGUAUUCAGGGCACAUGUCAAGUCGCACAAGACAGCGGAGGGGACACGGAUGCAAUUGAUUAGCAGCGCGGACAAGACUGACGCGAUCGUCGUGUCCACCUUGAUGGAGGCCCAUGGCGUGGUCCAGGCUGGGCUUGUCGCUGAUGGCACUGUCAAAGACAUUCUGUAUGGGCUCCCUGUAGCCCUCAACAAAGUCGAGGACCUCUCGUCGCUGUGGGAUGUGAUAGCGCCCUUCGGCGCGAUCGUACGUCUGCUGAUCGACCAUCCGGAGCAGAUCAAGUUCUUGGAGACAUUCGAGCAGUCUCGAGCGCAACCUCGGCGAUGGUCCGUCUUCGUGAAGGUGGACUGUGGUUCGAAACGAGCGGGUUUGAAGGCCAACACUCCAGUCUUCCAAGAGCUACUGAAGUCCAUCUUCUCCUCGCCAGCUAUCUCGGUGCAUGGCUUCUACACCCAUGGGUCGAAGUCUUACGGAUCGAAGUCCGUGUCUGAGGCAUCGUCCCAUCUGUCCACGGAGCUUGAUGCAGUAAACGCGGCAGCAGGAGUUGCGCUUGAGUUCCUAAAGAGCAACCCAGAGCUGACAGGCCCGUCCAAGCCGUUCGUUCUUGCGGUGGGGUCCACGCCUUCCGCACACGUCGCGACGGCAGAGGCCAGAGCACAAAUCAAGGCUCACCUGAACGGCAUACUCGAGAUACAUGCAGGAAACUACCCGCUCCUCGACUUGCAGCAGGUAAACACCAGCCUUGUCGACCAGAGACGCGUGGCGCAACGCGUCGUCUCAACCGUCGUAUCGUAUUAUCCCGGACGCGGUAAGGACGGUACCGACGAAGCACUCUGCGACGCCGGCGCUAUUGCCAUGAGCAAGGACACUGGCCUCAAGCCUGGCUUCGGCGAGGUGCUCGGAAAACCGUGGAGUCUCGGCCGGUUAUCGCAGGAGCAUGGCGUGCUGACGCAGACUGGCCUGGUAGAGCGGGAGGAGGACAAGGUGAAGGUGGGAGACAUGAUUGAGAUCGUUGGACAGCACGCGUGUUUGAUUUUGGCGGCGUACCCAUGGUACUAUGUGGUGGACUCGGACGCGGACAGUAAGGGCGAGGUCGUCGAGGACGUGUGGGUGCCUUGGAAGGGCUGGUAA